GCGGGGGUGGGGACGUCCGGCUGCAGGUCCGCCUGGGCUAGACGCGUGAGCACCGGCCGAGGGUGCGCGGUUGCAGGUCCGGUCCCCGCAGGCUCCGCCGAGUCCCGACCCUCCGCCGCCAUGCGCCCCCGCCGCCUCGCACUGCUCCCGGGCGUGGCGCUGCUGCUGACCGCGGCCCGCUGGGCCGGUGCCUCCGACGUGCUGGAACUCACGGACGACAACUUCGAGAGUCGCGUCUCCGACACGGGCUCCGCGGGCCUCAUGCUCGUGGAGUUUUUCGCCCCCUGGUGUGGACACUGCAAGAGGCUUGCCCCUGAGUAUGAAGCUGCAGCUACUAGAUUAAAAGGAAUAGUCCCGUUAGCAAAGGUUGAUUGUACUGCCAACACAAACACCUGUAAUAAGUAUGGAGUCAGUGGAUAUCCAACCCUGAAGAUAUUUAGAGAUGGUGAAGAAGCAGGUGCUUAUGAUGGGCCCAGGACUGCUGAUGGAAUUGUCAGCCACCUGAAGAAGCAAGCAGGACCAGCUUCAGUUCCUCUUAAGACUGAGGAAGAAUUUGAGAAGUUCAUUGGUGAUAAGGAUGCUUCUGUGGUGGGUUUUUUCAAGGAUUUAUUCAGUGAAGCUCACUCUGAAUUUCUAAAAGCAGCCAGCAACUUGAGGGAUAACUACCGAUUUGCACACACCAAUAUUGAGUCUCUGGUGAACAAGUAUGAUGAUGAUGGAGAAGGUAUCACCUUGUUUCGUCCUUCACAUCUGAUGAACAAGUUUGAAGACAAAACUUCGGCAUAUAAAGAACAGAAAAUGACCAGUGGCAAGAUUAAAAAAUUUAUCCAGGAAAACAUUUUUGGUAUCUGCCCUCACAUGACAGAAGAUAAUAAAGACUUGAUACAGGGCAAGGACUUACUUGUGGCGUACUAUGACGUGGACUACGAAAAGAAUGCUAAAGGUUCCAACUACUGGAGAAACAGGGUGAUGAUGGUAGCAAAGAAAUUCCUGGAUGCUGGACACAAACUUAACUUUGCUGUAGCUAGCCGCAAAACCUUUAGCCAUGAUCUUUCCGAUUUUGGUUUGGAAAGCACUGCCGGAGAGAUUCCUGUUGUUGCUAUCAGAACUGCAAAAGGAGAGAAGUUUGUCAUGCAGGAGGAAUUCUCGCGUGAUGGCAAGGCUCUUGAGAGAUUCCUGCAGGAUUACUUUGAUGGCAACCUGAAGAGAUACCUAAAGUCUGAGCCAAUCCCAGAGAGCAAUGAUGGGCCCGUAAAGGUAGUGGUAGCAGAGAAUUUUGAUGAAAUAGUGAAUGAUGUAAAUAAAGAUGUGCUGAUUGAAUUUUAUGCUCCUUGGUGUGGCCACUGUAAGAAUCUGGAACCUAAGUAUAAAGAACUGGGAGAGAAGCUCAGAAAAGACCCAAAUAUUAUCAUAGCCAAGAUGGAUGCCACAGCCAAUGAUGUGCCUUCUCCAUAUGAAGUCAGAGGUUUUCCUACCAUCUACUUCUCUCCAGCCAACAAGAAGCUAGAUCCAAAGAAAUAUGAAGGUGGCCGUGAAUUAAGUGAUUUUAUUAGCUAUCUACAGCGAGAGGCUACAAACCCCCCUGUAAUUCAAGAAGAAAAACCCAAGAAGAAAAAGAAGGCACAGGAGGAUCUCUAAAGCAGCAGCCAAACAUACCACUUUGUAAAGGACUCUUCCACCAGAGCUGGGAAAACCAUUAGGAAGGACUGGUACCCACAUGGGAUUAUUACCUCUCAGGGCUGAGAGGAUAGAUGGAUAUUACCUGAAUCCUGUUCAAUUUUCUCUAAACUGUUUCUUAGCUGCACUGUUUGUGGAAAUACCAGGACCAGUUUAUGUUUGUGCUUUUGGGAAAAAUUAUUUGUGUUGCUGGGGGUGGGGGGAAUUAAGUUGGGGGGUUAUUUUCUAAUUUUUUUUGUACAUUUGGAACAGUGAUAAUAAAAGAGCCCCCUUUAAACUGUCUUUUCCACGAGAUGGGAAACCAACGGUUCUCUAGCCCAGCACUGUCCAAUAGGACUUUCUGCGAUAAUGGAAAUGUUCUAUAACCUUCAUUCUCUAAAACAUGUAGCUAUUGAGAAUUU